GAACCAUGGGAAAGGAAAAGACCCACAUUAACAUCGUGGUCAUCGGCCACGUCGACUCUGGAAAGUCAACCACCACCGGCCAUCUGAUCUACAAAUGUGGAGGCAUCGACAAGAGAACCAUCGAGAAGUUUGAGAAGGAAGCCGCUGAGAUGGGCAAGGGAUCCUUCAAGUAUGCCUGGGUGUUGGACAAACUGAAGGCUGAGCGUGAGCGUGGUAUCACCAUCGACAUUGCUCUUUGGAAGUUUGAGACCAGCAAGUACUACAUCACCAUCAUUGAUGCCCCUGGACACAGAGACUUUAUCAAGAACAUGAUCACCGGUACCUCACAGGCUGACUGUGCCGUGCUGAUUGUUGCUGGUGGUGUGGGUGAGUUUGAGGCUGGUAUCUCUAAGAACGGUCAGACCCGCGAACACGCCCUCCUGGCCUUCACCCUGGGAGUGAAGCAGCUUAUCGUUGGAGUCAACAAGAUGGACUCCACCGAACCCCCAUACAGCCAGGCUCGCUUUGAGGAGAUCACCAAAGAAGUCAGCGCUUACAUCAAGAAGAUUGGCUACAACCCUGCUGCCGUUGCUUUCGUCCCCAUUUCUGGCUGGCACGGAGACAACAUGCUGGAGCCCAGCACGAACAUGGGAUGGUUCAAGGGAUGGAAGGUCGAGCGUAAGGAAGGCAAUGCCAGCGGCACUACUCUCCUGGAUGCCCUGGACGCCAUCCUGCCCCCUUCCCGCCCCACUGAAAAGCCUCUUCGCCUUCCUCUGCAGGAUGUGUACAAAAUUGGAGGUAUUGGAACUGUACCUGUGGGCCGUGUCGAGACUGGUGUGCUCAAGCCUGGCAUGGUUGUGACCUUUGCCCCUGUUAACGUGACCACUGAGGUCAAGUCUGUUGAAAUGCACCACGAGUCCCUUCCUGAGGCAACACCUGGUGACAACGUUGGCUUCAAUGUGAAGAACGUGUCUGUGAAGGACAUCCGUCGUGGUAAUGUGGCUGGAGACAGCAAGAACGACCCACCCAUGGAGGCUGGCAGCUUCCUUGCUCAGGUCAUCAUCCUGAACCACCCUGGUCAGAUCUCUCAGGGCUAUGCCCCUGUGCUGGACUGCCACACUGCUCACAUUGCUUGCAAGUUUGCUGAGCUCAAGGAAAAGAUUGAUCGCCGUUCCGGUAAGAAGCUUGAGGACAACCCCAAGAACCUGAAGUCUGGAGAUGCUGCCAUUGUUGAAAUGAUUCCUGGCAAGCCUAUGUGUGUGGAGAGCUUUUCCGCUUAUCCUCCUCUUGGUCGUUUUGCUGUGCGUGACAUGAGGCAGACCGUUGCUGUCGGCGUCAUCAAGAGCGUUGAGAAGAAGGCUGCUGGUGCUGGCAAGGUCACGAAGUCUGCACAGAAGGCUGCCAAGACCAAGUGAACCCUCAUUCCAGCUGUUUUAAAGGUGGUGGGGCCUUGCCCCCCAGUUCCUGGAAUUUCUUUGAACCUGGGCACUCUACUCAAGGACUGGCUAAUGCUGAUUAAAACCCAUCGAAAAAAUUUUCGCAGGAAAGGAUAAUUGUGGCUUCAUUGUUUGAUCAAUAGCAUCUUUCAGUUAAUUUGAUUUGAAUGGUUUAGAUCUGCACCUGUUGCCACAGUUAAAUUUGAAAAGGAAGCUGCUGAGUAACUAAUAAAGGUAUUAAAAAAAUUGCA